UUUCCUUCCUUUAGUACUCCUUCCACGGAGAGAUCCUAAUAUAGAGUAGUACUGAUUAAUUAGAUUAACAAUAGACUUUGUUAAUAUGGGAGAAAAGACUACUAUCUAGAAAGCUAGGUAAGACUUAACCAAGACUAGACUAAUUAAUUUUGUGGACAAGCAUCUCAGUUAGCAGAUCUCAUCAAGCUGCAUAAUCCAUUAUAUAAUUGUGCCCCCAAGUUAUAACACCAUAUGAGCAGUGCAUAAAAAAUGGAAGGAAAAGUUGCAGCGGAAGAAUUGGUGGAAGCUGAGGAAAAGCCACGGCACACAUGUGAUAAUAAUAUUACAGAUGCAUCACAGAAGAAUGAUAUUUUGGGAUCCAGUAUUCUCAGUUUGAGUCUGAACAACCCAGAAGUGCAUCGUCACAAAACUGAUGAGCAGCCGGCAGCCCAAUUGGGAUUGCUGCGAGAAAAGCUGGAGGAAAUGAAGAAAGAGAAUCAGAAUCUAAGAGCUAUGCUGUGUCAGAUCACUCAACGUUAUGCUGUUCUUCAGAAUCGCCUACUUAUGACGACGCAGCAUCAGCAAGAACAACCGCAUCUAGAGUGUCAUACUUUUCAGAAAGACAAUAAAGGAGAUGUCGGGGAGGAAGCAGCGUUGCCCAUCCGGCAGUUCUUGGAUAUCCAUGAGCCUUCUCCUUCAGAAAGCAACAAAUCAGAAGGAUUUAGUUCUCACAGGAACAGCAUCAUGUGCAGCAAACCUGCAUGUGAAGCGAACAGCAAUAAUGCCAAAAACAUAGACGACGAUCAAGCAUCUUAUCAGGCAAAUUCUUGCAGAAAAGUUAGGGUGUCCAUAAGGACUCGUUCGGAUCUUUCUUUGAUCGGUGAUGGGUGUCAAUGGAGAAAGUAUGGACAAAAGAUAGCCAAGGGAAACCCAUGUCCUCGGGCUUACUAUCGUUGCAACAUGGGAACUGCGUGUCCGGUCCGUAAGCAGGUGCAAAGGUGUGCUAAGGAUAAGAGUAUUGUGAUUACAAGCUAUGAAGGGAAGCAUAAUCACGCACUCCCUGCGGCAGCCGCACCCAUGGCUGCGGCCACGUCAGCAGCAUUGAGCAUGUUCCUCUCUGGCUCAACCAGCAGUGCACAAGGAAGCAGGCAAUCAAACUCAGGCCUCUUCUCUUCUGCCUUUGCUUCCUUGUCUACAACCUCACCAUGUCCUACCAUAACACUGGACUUGACCCAUCCCUCCAAUCAAUUUAUGCAAUUCCAAACGUCUGCCGCAUCAACCCACUCCCAUCACCCAUUUCCUUUUGCUUUGGAUGGUUAUGACACUCAACAAUCUCACAAGCUUCCCACAACGAACGUGUCCUUGGUGGAUGUCAUCAGUGCGGCUUUAGUUAAAGAUCCUUCAUUCAAGGCGGCUUUAGCUGCGUCCAUUUCUUCAUUUGCCGGAGCCACCUCAUUGCAGCGUUAAUAAGCACAGCAGCAGAGCGGGCAUGAUUCUUCCCUUAUGAUAUCCUUCAUGCCUGUGCCAAAUAAAUUAAAAAGCUUGUGUGCCUUACCUGCUCGCAGCAGGGAUUAACGUGUUACGUAAAUGAAUGAUCUCAAAGGUUGGUUUUAAUGGAUAUGUAUAUCUUCCAUUCGAGGAAAACAUCGAUCUUGGCAAAGGUUCCUUUUUGUUGUUGCUUGUAAUAUAGGGUUUACAAGAAAAGUUUAGGUUUUAGGAUCAUGCCAAACUCGGCCUCAAUGUUACAUGAAUGAAGAUUGAAGGCAAUCAAUGGAAUUGGCUUCAUGAAGUUACCAAGUCAGUUCUGUUUU